ACUAGCUAUAUGAGACAAAAUAAUCAGGAAAACUGAUCUCAAGACUUUCAACUCCUUGUAACAAAAUUCAAUUACUACUAUCAGUGAUAAUAUAUCUUGAGCUCUUAUCCAAAUCCCAAUCAAAUUAAUCUUGACCUCACUGGUUCUGCAAUGGAGUUUUCAUUAUGUUUCACAUCAUCAAAUCUUAAUGGAUACAAAAUCGAAUUCAGUAUUUUCUUGAUCAGUAUGGUCUUAGCCUAUGUCUUCAUGCACAGAUGGAAUCAAAGGAAUGUAAAAGGCCCAAAAUCAUGGCCUAUCAUCGGUGUUCUUAUCGAACUUCUAAUGAACUAUCACAGGAUGCAUGAUUGGUUAACUGAUUACUUUGUGGAAUCAAAAACAUUCAAGGUUCCAUUGCCAUUUAUAACUAUGACUUUCAUUUCAGAUCCUGCAAACGUUGAACAUGUUCUUAAAACCAACUUCAACAACUACCCAAAAGGAGAAGCUUUUCAUACAUACAUGGAAGAGUUGCUUGGAGAUGGGAUUUUUAAUUCAGACGGAGAAAUUUGGAGGCAGCAAAGAAAGAUUUCUAGUUUGGAGUUUGCAUCUAGGAACUUGAGGAAUUUCAGCACCACUGUUUUUAGAGACUAUGCAUCGACUCUCUCUGGUAUUUUGCACCAAGCAUCAAUCUGUAACAAGGAAAUCGAUAUGCAGGAACUGUUGAUGAGGAUGACUAUGGACUCUAUAUGUAAGGUUGGAUUUGGGAUGGAAAUUGGAACUUUGGCACAUGAUUUACCCGAUAAUCUUUUCGCCAAAGCUUUUGAUUAUGCAACUAGUACCGUUACGUAUAGAUUCAUUAACCCUUUAUGGAGGUUGAAGAAAUUUUUUAAUGUUGGAUCUGAAGCAUUAUUGGUUCAAAGUAUCCAAAUCAUUGAUGAAUUUACAUACAAUUUGAUUCAUAAAAGAAAAGCAGAACUACACAAAGUAGGUAAAUCAAAUGAUAACAAUGGUAGCAAGGUAAAGCAAGAUAUUCUGUCGAGAUUCAUUGAGUUGAGUGAGAAUAGUGAGAACUUAACAGACAAAUACCUUAGAGAUGUCAUUAUAAACUUUGUUUUAGCAGGACGUGACACAACGGCAUCAACAUUAUCUUGGUUUAUUUACAUGGUCAUGAUAAAUCCUAAUGUCGCAGAGAAAAUCUACCAAGAGCUUAUAACAUUCGAAGAAAAUCUAGCAGAGGAAGUGAUUCCAUAUAAUGUGGAGGAACCAAAAUCUUUCACUGAGAGAGUGAAACAGUUUGCAAGUCUACUGAACUACGAUUCACUUGGAAAAUUAUCCUACUUGCAUGCGGCAAUCACAGAGACCCUUCGUUUGUGCCCUGCAGUGCCCCAGGAUCCGAAAGGGGUAUUACAAGAUGAUGUUUUACCUGAUGGAACAAACGUGAGAGCAGGAGGACUAGUGACUUAUGUUCCAUACGCCAUGGGAAGAAUGCAGUACAAUUGGGGAACUGAUGCAACUUUAUUCAACCCCGGUAGAUGGCUCAACAAAGAAGGGUUAUUCCAAAGUGUAUCUCCAUUCAAAUUUCCGAUAUUUCAGGCUGGUCCAAGUACAUGCCUAGGGAAGGACUCUGCAUAUCUACAGAUGAAGAUGACACUUGCUAUCUUAUGUAGAUUCUUCCGUUUUCAUUUAAUCCCAAACCAUCCUGUUAAGUACAGAAUGAUGCCAACUCUACAUAUGGAGCAUGGUUUGAGGCUUACUGUAACUACCAGGUAAUCUUAACAUGUUUAGGCAAAAAUGAGAUUCUUAUAUACCUGGAUGAGUUUGUAUUAUCAUUUAUCCUUUAGGGAAAGUUGCAAGAACCAAGUCUAAG